UUGCAUGGGGCUACAACAACUCUGGCCAGGUGGGGUCAGGGUCGACGGCCAACCAGCCCACGCCGCGUCGGGUCAGCAGCUGCCUGCAGAACAAAGUGGUGGUUAAUAUCGCCUGUGGUCAGCUCUGUUCCAUGGCUGUGCUGGACAAUGGAGAGACCUAUGGUUGGGGCUAUAACUGCAACGGGCAGCUUGGUCUGGGCAACAAUGGGAACCAGCAGACCCCGUGUAGGAUCGCAGCUCUACAGGGAGUCAACAUUAUACAGGUUGCUUGUGGCUACGCCCAUACGCUGGCGCUGACAGACGAGGGCUUUAUUUACGCUUGGGGGGCCAACUCUUAUGGCCAGCUGGGAACAGGCAAUAAGAGUAACCAGGCUGUCCCUACACUCAUCAACACAGACAAGGAGAGGAUGGUGGAGGUGGCAGCGUGCCACACCAGCCAUACGUCUGCAGCUAAGACUCAGAGCGGUCAGGUGCUGAUGUGGGGUCAGUGUAGGGGUCAAGCUGUAGCCUGCCCUCACCUCACUCACUUCGCCAGCACCGACGAUGUCUUUGCAUGCUUCGCCACGCCCGCUGUCACAUGGCAUCUCCUCACCGUGGAUGGUGAUGACUAUCUGACGGUGGCCCAGUCUCUGAAGAGGGAGUUUGACAGCCCGGACAUCUCAGAUCUCAAGUUCCUUGUGGAUGGAAAGUGUAUCCACGUACACAAAGCCCUCCUAAAGAUCAGGUGUGAACAUUUCCGUGUGUUGCUGAACGAGACAGACGAGGAGUCUAUUGAGAUUCACCAGUUCUCUUACCUGGUCUACAGGGCCUUCCUCGAAUACCUUUACACAGACACCAUCAACCUGCCUCCGGAGGACGCCAUAGGUCUCCUGGACUUAGCUACGUUCUACCGUGAGCGGCGUCUGAAGAGACUGUGUCAGGAGACCAUCAAGAGAGGCAUCUCUGAGGAAAACGCGAUUACACUGCUCUCUGCUGCCGUGAAGUACGAGGCCAGGGACCUGGAAGAGUUCUGCUUCAAGUUCUGUGUCAACCACCUGACAGCCGUUACGCAGACGCAGGCCUUCGCCGACAUGGACCACGAGCUGCUGAAGGCCUUCAUCAGUAAAGCUAGCCGAUAUGGGGCCUUCAAAAACUGACUGGUCGACAGCCCACUCGCUAAGACUCUGGGUUAAGAGACUGGGGAAUGGG